AUGAUUAAACCUGAUAGAUCACCAUUUUGUCCUCAUUCUGGAAAUAUUAGGUCAGCAUCUGGUACAAUUUAUAUCGGUGAACGUCUUUUUAAUGAAAAAACUUACAAAUCAAAAGUUGUUAUGUAUCCAUCAAAAAAAAAAGAAAAUAUCAUGACAAAGGCUGGUCAAUACAUAUUUUUACGUUGUCCUGGAAUAUCUUUAUUUGAAUGGCACCGUUUGUUUUAUUUAACUUCUGCACUGGAAGAUUAUAUAUCUGUAUAUACUUUGGUUAAUAGUGCUUAUAAAUGGAUAUUUCAACAAGUAAAUUCAGAGUUAAAAAAAGUUUCGCUUGGAGAAGAUUUAUUUAAAUUUGAAGGUUCUAUGCUGAAAUGA